AUGCUGCCUCUCACCGGUCGCGCCAUUCCAGGCGCCAUCCCAAGCGCUCUUCAUGUGCGACCGCGUAUCACAUCUUGCCAUUUCCGAAUUCAGCCAGUUUCGUUCCUUUCGACCUCUUCAAUCAAGUCGGCAACAGCAAUCGAACAGCGGGGACAGUCUGGCCAAGCGCUCACUGCUUCUGGAAAGGUGCGGAAAGAGGUGCCCUUACCGAGCCAGGAGAAAAAGGAGGGUGCUAUGCAAUAUGUCCUUACCACGCUUGACCAAGUCGCUAACUGGGCCCGCCAAAGUUCUUUGUGGCCCAUGACCUUCGGUCUCGCCUGCUGUGCAGUUGAGAUGAUGCAUCUUUCGACCCCCAGAUAUGACCAGGACCGUCUUGGAAUCAUUUUCAGAGCAUCGCCUCGGCAAUCGGAUGUCAUGAUCGUGGCAGGCACAUUGACAAAUAAGAUGGCUCCCGCUCUCAGACAGGUGUACGACCAAAUGCCUGACCCUCGUUGGGUCGUCAGUAUGGGAAGUUGUGCCAAUGGCGGUGGUUAUUACCAUUACAGUUAUUCUGUUGUUCGCGGAUGCGAUAGAAUCGUACCCGUGGAUGUCUAUGUUCCCGGAUGUCCGCCGACCUCCGAAGCAUUGAUGUACGGAAUCUUUCAACUUCAAAAGAAGAUGCGGCACACAAGGAUCACCCGCAUGUGGUACCGCCGUUAA